AGCCGUGUUGGCUCAAGCUUGGCUCACUCUGCUGGGGCGAGCGAGGCGGACGGGCAGGGUCGCCCACCUGGCGAUCCUAAAUGGGCCAGGCGUUCGCGAGCCGAGCGCACUGCAGCUGGCCACAGGGCGCAGGCGGUCGCUGAUGCCGCUGUUGCCCGAUUGACCACGGAGCUCCAGAACUGUUCCACCGAGUUGGAAGCUCUCCGCCAGGAGUUCCGCGAACACUGAGCUGGCGCAGCGGCUAUUGCUGGUCGCGCCUGUGCUGGCGGCCAGACUCGAGAGCAGGAAGGUCGAGGGCGUGAAGGUCUUCAGGCGCAAUGCGGCAUCCCACAACUUCGGCGUGCCCUCCAUGUGGUUGGCGCAGGCACCCAUGCGGGAGCUGAACAAGAUUCAGCGCGACGGCGUGGACUGGCAAAGCGCGGUGGCCUGGGCCAUCGACGUGCUGAUCUGCGAGGCGGAGGUUUUCGCGACGCGCCGCGCGGAGCUGGGACCCCGGCUAGAGCGGCGCGCCGAGGCCGGGAGCGUGUUGUGGGCGGAGUCGCCUGUCUUGGUCCCUCUCGGCCUCCUCGGCGCGGUCGUGCCCGAUUGCAGCGAGGACGAGUGCGGCUUCGUGGAGGUGCCCACGGACGCUAACUUCGGGAGCGUGCCCAACGUCGGCGACGAGCAUGGCAUCGACGAUGUGCAGUUAGCUGCUGGCGUUGAGCACGACGACGGCAACGAUUACGGCAUGGGGGAGCUGCAGACUGUCGGUGGCUUCGAGUGCGAGCCGUACGACGGCGAUGCGAGGUUAUUCGCGCGGCCUCGUGAGCGCCUGGCCCGCGCUUCUCGGACCGCGGAGGUCCCGCAACACACUUGGGAUCCCGAUACCGCCCCGCCCGAGACGCUGCCCUCGGAAAGGGGUGAUGAAGUGGCUGCGGCCAUCGGCGCCUGGGACCCCGAUGACGCUCCGCCCGAGACGCUGUCCUCGGAAGGGGGCGAUGAGGCGGCCGCCGCCAUCGACGCCACAGAUGCCGCUCCUCCCGAGACGCUGUCUUCGGUAGGGGGUGAUGAGGCGGCGGCGGCGGCGGCCAUCGACGAGAACAAGAACGAGUUCGAGAUCGCGGAGGUCGUUGCGAGAGCUCGCGUCGUAGAGUUAGAGGCUUUCCUCUGCGACGCCAACGAGCGUCUGAAUGCUGCUGCGCUUGCGAUCGCUGUUGUGCGCAGCGGCGGCGCCGUGGAGAGCCAGGCGCAGCAGGACGAGCUUGCUGCCACCGCCUGGCGCCGCGCCGUGCUCGAACAGCAGCUGGGCGCCGCCACUGCGGAGGCGCAGAAGGCAGGAGGAGCCCCGGGGUGCUUCCAAACGGCCGACGAGCGCGACGAGCAGGACGUUUCCACUGCGGAGGCCCAGAAGGCAGGAGAGGCCUUCGGCGUGGCCGACGAGGGCAACCACAAGCAGGUCUUCGAGGAG